UUCAAUAAUCAAAUAUGGCGGGCGGACGCGAGGAUCACUUUCUCAGACUUGAAGAUUUAUGCAUAAGAUUUGUAUCUGCUCAUGGAAACCUCUGGGAUCCUAAAGUUCUCCUAGGAAUUCCAAGACAUCUCCUUCUUCCAAUUUUAGAGAAUUUCCAUCCUUUUGAUGUAGAAAGGCUUGAAGUCAGUGGCAUUUUCCAAACUGUUGGACUUGACACAGAUCAUCUUUGGAAAAAGUUUUAUUUGCAUUCCUGGCCAAGAAAGAGCAAAUGGCCUGAUGUUUAUUUUACCAAAAAUGGGAUUUCAAAGGGAGGUGAGAGUUGGCAUAUUUGUUAUCUUCAAAGAUGUCUCCAAGAUGCCCUGAACUGUCAACGUGAUCUUGAUAAGGAGAGCAGUUGCUGCUCUUCUGCAGAGUUCAAUGCUGAGCGUAUUCCUUGUGACGCUGCUGUUUCUUCCAAAAACCAAAGCCUUGAAAACAUUGUCGCCAUUUGUGGAAGAUAUGCAACAUACUUGCGACUUUACAACUCAGCUGUCAUUUUACUGAUUGACAAUCUGAACCUCUGUUUAAAGCUUGUGGAUUAUGUAGAAUUUCUUGAGGUUUUCCUUUUAAGAAACAAUGGAGUCAAUCAGCUGUGUCAUCUUCUUCAGCUAUUAACUUCAAGGAGACUGAAAUCUGUUGGAUUUUGCUUUUCCAAAGUUUCUGGUGUGGAAUUGUGGAGCAGGAUUUUUGACUCCUUGUCAACAAAUAGUCCACAAAAUCAAACUGACAAGGUAGAAGACAACUUUAUAAGCACAUGUACGUGUAUUUCCAGCCCGAAUUCAAAAUGUAAAGCAUUCAAUGAAGAAAGCAAGUUCUCUGUCCAGCAAACUUGUAAUCAGUCAAAUUGUGGACACAGUAAGACUGCCUCGGUUCAAGUUGAUUCUAUCUUGAAUUACUCUACAAAUGCCAAUGAAGAAGGUACCUUGGACUCUUUUCAUGAGAAUGAUGAUAUUGAUAUUUAUGCCUUUGAUGACUGGAAUGACUCGCCUAAAACCCAUGAAAGAACUGUAGCCAUCUCAUGUAGAGGCACCAAGUAUGGGCGAGGUGAGAAAAGAUUUGAAACUAAUAUUAGUGAUCCAUUGAGUUCAGAUCUUUAUGAUGAAGUGUUUGGUCAGAGUACCUAUGGACAGCCAAGUGAUGUCAUGGUUAAUAACUUUUGCCCUUUUGAAAACCAAGGAUUACAGAAAUCUUCAGAACCACACCAAUUUUCACCUAAAUCUUCUAUACUGGAUUCAUCAUUAACCUGGUUUCCAACACAUACAUGUUUUCUGGUUCACUUUGAGUUGGUAGGGUUCAGGCUUUAUACUGACAUUUUUAUGACGUUUGUGCACACCCUUAAAACUUGGUUGGCCCUGGAAACGAUGAUUCUUCAAGAUAAUGGCCUUGGUCUUGUGUCAACACCUGGCAGGGAGUUUGUAGAUACACUUAGUUUUCUUUGUACUAAUGGAGGACUGCAUUCUCUUCAAAUCACAGAUAACCCAGUUAAUGAUGAAUUUACAAAACUCCUUUUUGAAAGACUUGUGGUCUCUUUGUGCUGUAAAUGUUACAAGGAUUGCAACUGUAGUCAUGGAUAUUUAACCAAAUUGAAAUUCUCAUCAAACAUAGUUUCACCAAGUACCUCUGUGUAUUUAGGAAAAGUAAUAACAGAUGUAUGUCAGUGUAAUGUAAGCAAGCAGUUCCAGGAAAAGAUGUUUGAUUCAGUAUUUCCAUUAAGUGACUCUGCCGUGAGCACUGAGGACUCGACUCAUGAAUCUCGUAGUAAGCAGAGGAGUUCAUAUGUCCAUGAUUGUUUGGCUUGUAAGAGUGGUAAAGGUGGCUGGAAAGCAAGUUGUCCAACAGGUGAUUGUGAUGGUGCCCAGAAACCAUCAGUGGGGUGCAAAAUGAAUGCUGAACCAACAGAGUCCAUGGAAUCAAUUGAAAGUUUCUCCCAAAAUAAGAACCCUUUGCUGUCAAAAAGUGGCAUGUGUGAUGUGUUUUUUGGUAUUCAAGUAAUGAAGUUGAGCUGUAUGAUUGGGGAGAAGGGUGCAAGUUUCAUUGCAGAGGGACUAAAAAGAAACAGCACUCUUCACUCUCUGACUUUGUCAGACUGUGACAUCAACACCAUUGGUCUGGCUCAGUUAUUCCAGGCAUUAACAGGUAACAGGAAUGUGAAACAUGUGUGUGUGAAAGGCAACCAUUAUGAUCCCAACAGUGACAACAGCCUUGCUGAAAUGCUUUCAUCCAGUAGCACAAUAACUGAGCUGGACAUAAGUGGUUGUCAACUCAGAGGUUUAAGUGAAAACAUAAUUGCAGCCCUGUGCAUUAACAAAACGCUGAUUACUUUGAAGUUGGCAAGGAAUGGAUUGCGUAAUAAUGAUAUCACUGCUUUGUCUGAAGUUUUCUCUCAUCCCAGCCAGCUCUCAAAAAUUUUGAAAUUAGACCUGAGUUUUAACCACUUUCCAGCAGAAUGCCUGUCAGUUUUAGUUUCAUCACUUAAAAGCAUCGAGCCCAGAACACUUGAUGAAUUGAAACUGACACCUACUCUUCCUUGCACAAGAUUCCAACAAGUAUUGCCAAGUCUGCAUUCAGUGAUAAAAAAUGUGAUAAUUGUUGACUACUUGCAUCAUGGCACCUUAUUUGCUGAUUAUGUUGGCCAAAUGUGAUCAGAGGAGUCUGGAAAUAGUUUCAUCAAUAUCUAGACUGCCCUCAUUCAGCCAACUCAACUUAGAUGGAUACAUCUGUGUAGACACAUCAAGGCCUCUUUAAAGGAGCUUAGUCAAUGGAUAAAGGGGGCUUUCUUCGUUUCUGGGAUCUUGCCUUGUCUUGCCAUAUUCGUGUUUGAAAAUUUCAUACAGGUUAUCAGUGGAGAAGAAACUAGUGUCUCAUUCUCAGUAAUCAAGCCUAUUUGGAUAGAAAAAUUUUACAAUUUUCCAUGCUGACUUAGCAAGCCCUGGUAACAGGGCUUACUUUGAAAGUGAAAUAAAUUGUUGCUAAAAGAACUGGAAACAAAAACCAAAGUUAAAAGUGUGUGGAUACAGUAUUGUUAGUAAGCUAUUUUUGUUGUUUGCUUGUUGAUUAGCUUGUUUGUCUGGUAUAAGGGAACUUUUACCUCCUCCCAAGAUGAAUAUAUCAAGUAUCUUACAAGAGUACAGUACUGUGAGAAAAAUUAGGCAAAUGUUGCUUUAAAUUG